GGGAGGGAGGGAGAGAGAGAGAGAGAAAGGAGGGAGGGAGAGAGAGAGAGAGAGAGAGAGAGGCUAGAAGAAGCAGGUGAGGGAGCCGAGGGGUUUCUCUACCUCUCAGACAGGUUCCUUCAAGUCUUCAGUAGAGGCAGCGGCAGCAACAGUGGAAGUUGUGGUGGUGUUUCUGUUAACAGCAGCCCGGAGUUCCUGUUUGUUUGUGUGUGUCUGUGUGUGUGUGAUUGAUGCAGAGUGAGCGUUAAAGCUGGAGGGAGUGUAGCGAUCUGUUGCUCCGGGAGCAUCGGUCGUCUGUUCUCUGUCUCUGGGAGUGCUUUAGCAGCAUGGAGACCAAGUCCCUCUUCAGCCUUCACAAAGCCUUGGCUCAGCCAGUCAAGAUGUGUAUGUUUGACUUCCCUGUCAACAUACUGGACGAUCUGAGCUCGACACAGGAGAUCGGAGAGGAGGUGGAGGAGGGGGCAGUCUUCACCAUCACCCUGAGGAAAGUGCAGCUGCACCAGUCGGCCAGUAAAGGGCAGCGAUGGCUGGGGGUGGAGACAGACUCUGCACUCAGCCUGUAUGAGACAUGUAAAGUACGCACCAUUAAGGCUGGUACGCUGGAGAGGCUGGUGGAAUACAUGGUGUCUGCAUUCAGGGGCAAGGACUCCACCUACGUCACCAUCUUCCUCUGCACCUACCGCUCCUUCGCCACCACCCAGCAGGUGCUGGGCCUCCUACUCAACAGGUAUGCCAAGUUUCAGAACCAGCCUGGUAUAGACUUACACAGACACACUCAGGAGGACCACACAGAGAUCAGACACAAUGUGUCGUCCAUCCUGGGGGCGUGGCUGGACCAGUACUCAGAGGACUUCUGGAGUCCUCCACAGUAUAGCUGUCUACACCACCUGAUGUCCUACCUGCACCAACACUUCCCUGGCUCCGACUUGGAGCGCCGUGCACUCAACCUGCUGGCCCUCUUCCACCGCAGGCAUCGGUGUGAGCCGGACCUUAACGUGGAGCAGGUUGGCUGUCCGUUCGCCACACAGGAAGAGAGUGUCUUUGAGGACGAGCUUCCUGCCCUGAACUUACUGUCCUUUGACCCCAUCAUGGUUGCUGAGCAGUUCACACUCAUGGAUGCGGAUCUGUUCAAGAAGGUGGUCCCCUACCACUGCCUGGGGGGCAUCUGGUCCCAGCGGGAUAAGAAGGGGAAGGAGCACCUGGCCCCCACCAUUCGGGCCACUGUGGCCCAGUUCAACAGUGUCACCAACUGUGUCAUCACCACCUGCCUCAGCAACCCCUGUCUGAAGCCCACCCAGCGGGCCAGACUGGUGGAGCGCUGGAUAGAGGUGGCCAGGGAAUGUCGGAUCCUGAAGAACUUCUCAUCUCUGAGAGCUAUCCUCUCUGCUCUGCAGUGUAACUCUCUUCACCGACUCAAGAAGACCUGGGAUGAGGUGUCCAGAGAGAAUUUCCGCACCUUCCGUGAGCUGUCAGAAAUCUUCUCGGAUGACAACAACUACUCUCUAAGCCGAGAGCUGCUGGUCAAGGAGGGCACCUCCAAAUUUGCCACCCUGGAGAUGAACCCUAAACGAGCACAGAGGAGACACCAGCAGCAGAGAGACUUGGGGGUGAUGCAGGGGACCAUUCCUUACCUGGGCACCUUCCUCACUGACCUGGUCAUGAUGGACACGGCUAUGAAAGACUUCACAGAGAGUGGACUUAUCAACUUUGAGAAGCGACGAAAGGAGUUUGAGGUGAUAGCUCAGAUUAAGCUUCUGCAGUUGGCGUCCAACAACUACAGUUUCACCCAGGACAGCAUCUUCAGGGAUUGGUUCUCAGAAGUGGAGAGACUCAGUGAGACAGAGAGCUACACUCUGUCCUGUGAGAUUGAACCGCUGUCUGAGUCUGCCAGCAACACUCUCAGAGCCAAGAAGAACGGGGGCAUCAUGAAACGCUGGAGCGAUCGCCAGUUAACUGAGGCCAGCUGCAGCAGUGCAGGAAGCUACCACUCCAAGUCGUUUGACCAGUCCCACUUCAGACUGUACCAGGGAGGGGGAGUUGAUAGUGGGGACACCCUCAGCGUCACCUCAGCCGGCUCCAGCGGCUCUGACCUGGAGGAUGUCAACUCCAGCUUCCUGUCUGACUCACCGGACGCCCAAGAGAGAAAGUUUUGGGAGUCCACCUCCCUGUCAUCUCUAGACACCUCAGGGAUGGGUUCCGGUUCAGGCUCCAGCAGUGCUUCGUCCUCCUCGGUGUCCUCCUCCACUCCUCUCCCAGGCGCCUCCCACUCCCACAAGCGCUCAGUCUCAGCCGUAUCCUGCUAUUCCACCCUUUCCCUGCCCCGCUACAACCAGCAGGUGGAUGACUGCUGCAUCAUCAGAGUCAGCCUGGAGGUGGACAACGGCAACAUGUACAAGAGCAUCCUGGUGACCAGUCAGGACAAGACGCCAGCAGUCAUCAGGAAAGCCAUGGUGAAACACAACCUGGAGCGAGAGAAAGCUGAGGACUAUGAGCUGAUGCAGAAAAUCUCUGAAGAAAAAGAGCUGCGGAUCCCAGACAAUGCCAACGUUUUCUAUGCCAUGAACUCUACUGCCAACUAUAACUUCGUGCUGAAGAAACGUACCUCAUCCAAGACAGGCCGGGCCAAGAGUGUAGCUAGCUCUACGCUGCCGCGCAUGAAGCAGAAGGGCCUGAAAAUCGCCAAAGGGAUCUUCUGAGGACGAGUGUCCCAGCUCUCUGUCAGUCUGAUGGAUUAAGGCCCUCUAAAUCCACCUACACUAAAGUAUCUGAGAACUACACUAGAGAUGGAGCCUAGUGAAAAACAAGAACUGUCUGCAUGUAUCAGAAGCAGGCAGCAAAGCAGGAGAUGCAAUUACCGGUAUCAACACAAUUGUGUCCAGACCAGGACUCUCCAGACAAGCCUGAAGAGACUGAUGUCUUCUUGGCUCAGGCCUUGAUUAUUGGGAGCUUAACAAUGUGCUGUCCCUAACCCUUCGUGCCUGAGUUUGUGUCAAUGGUGUUUCCAGAUAUUUGGAAUAUCUGGUCAUGUUAAAUACUCUCUCUGACUCUGUGAUGAUAAGAGGGGUGUUAGUAAAUAUAGUAAAACAGGAGCACAAGGAACGUACAGAAAACUAAAGUGGCCUGGUGUGAUUAGAUAGAGAUGUGCUCCUUUGUAAGUUUGAAGAGUUUACUGCAGAUGCUGCCAUAUUGAAUAUAGGUUCAAGUCUGUGCCCAUUUCAGAGCAAACAAUGUGUAUAGUGUACACUCUAUUAAGAGCAGCCAAGAGACACAUCUUGUUAUAUUCAAUUAUAACCACUACAAGAAAGAAGGAUGUAGCAAUGGAGCUCAAUAUGCUCAAAAUAAACAUUAGAAAGAUUACAGAGAGUUAGGUGUAAAAUAAGAGAAAAACGUGAUAGAGAUACAGUAUUAUGGUAUUUAAGAAAUACCCCAACUUCACAGCAUAAUAUCAGCAUUACUUUACAAUGGACCUUUAUGUUUGACGAUGUUCCCAUUACAGUUAGGCUAUUGCUUUAGUUGUUUUUGCCACCAUUUCCUUUGCUAUGGGGCUGCUGCUAAAUGUACAUUUUCUAAAGGUCAAUAAUUCACCUUCAUUUAAAAAAAAACUUUUUGGGGGGGUGAGGACAGGCAUGACUUUGGGACUUUCAUACGACUGCAUGUUAUUGAGUAUCACUGAGUGAUUCAGGGGCUCAGAGGACAGCAUUUCAUACCACCCUGUCCCUACUGGACUAUCUCUGUAUGGAAAACAAGGGUUUACAUCCCAGUACUGACAGUGGGAUAGUGGUAUCAUGUAUAAUCUGUAACUGCCUGAUGAUUCCCCUUAUGGCUGUCUAAUCAUGCAAGAGGAGUUAACAAUCCUCGCCUCAAAAGAAAGCAGUGCAUCAAACCCCAAAGCUUCUUCUUACUUACAAGCAGACAACAGUGAGAGGAAUGACACCAACUCUGAAAUUAUUACAAGCAUGCCAGUGGUCUUUUCAUGUCAUGGAAUAGACGACCAAAAAGUUGUGAUUUCACUGACAUUACAUGCCUUUAUUGCUCAGUGCUGUAUGCUGGUCCCAACCCCUUCAGUUGCUUUUUAAAUGUGUGCCCUUUCCUUGAUGACCAUGGUAGGACCAUAGAGAUGAGUAAUAGCAGCAUGGUAGAGACUCCCCCGUGAUUUUAAGAGUUCUUUUUGGGGGGACAUACAUAGCAUAAUGAUUGGUUAUCUCUUCUGGGCUGUGUCACUGAGGGUAUUCAAUUAACGCUCCGGACUUCCCCGGGUGAACUGGGUUAGCUUUAAUUGCAUUAGUUUUGUAACCGGGUUGCCUCCUAGGAGUGAGCCAUGUACCCCGUUUUGGCCGAUGGCGAAGUUAGCUCUAAACAAAAGUGACGUAGGUUAAGCACAUGGUUUAAUGACUAGGAUUCUGUGUUUUCACAUGCAGAAGUGAUUGCUUUUGAUUUUAAAAAAGGCGUUAACUGCCUUCUCAAUGAAAACUAAUUAGAAGAUUCAAACAUAUUUUAUGGAAAAAGAGAUGUAUGUUUCUGAACGAUUCAUGAUGCUGCCUUGUUGACAACAUGACCGAGCGGCACAAAUUACAAUUCGAUUUGAGAAGGGUACUCCUCCCUCACCGCUUUGGCCCAUUUACGUCAUGGGCCAUAGCCUGGUGCACUUAAUCGAACUCCCUCACUGUGAUUUGCCCCCUUACACUGUGAUUGGGACUUUGCCGAUUGCUCCGAUUGGCUCUCUUCUAUGCAGAGCACUGUGAACACACAUUCUCUCUCUGUCUCUCUCUCCAUUACGACACAAGUAAAUGGGGAAAACUCAACCCUGACGGAGAAUAGAUAGAGGUCCAUGUGGUGGUAGAAAAUAUUUCAGGCCAUGGAGAAAGGUGGCUGGUUUACCCCUUCCUAUAUGUACCAAAGAGAUGAGUAGAGUGGGUGAG